AUGUCCGAUUUAAGUGGCACACAGCCGGGCACAACGCCUUCUCCGGGCGAAAUUGCCGGGGAAAGACCAGCGGGGGACGUUUCUAUGGAAUUUGGGGGACUUUUACCGGGACUACUGCUGCCUGAAGUGCGGCAAAGAGACUCUGUGAACUUGGAGGAAGACAAUGAUUACAGUUCUGACAGUUCUGCCGGUGGCCCCUCGCAACAGCGACCGCAGCAGCAGUCACCGCAGCAGCAGUCACCGCAGCAGCAGUCACCGCAGCAGCAGUCACCGCAAGCGCAACACGAGGUACGCCCAGUGAGUCGCGUAGGCGACCGCCAAG